GCAAAUGAAAACAGGGGCAGUCUGGUCAUAACGUUCUAGUUUCAACGAGCAACACUUGGACACCCAACUCAAAAUACUUCUUUCUACAGUCAUGACAACUAGGCAUUGAUCGUCGUCUUCUUCUCACCAACACUUCACUAUCUUCGUUAUCCCCAAUUCGAACAUCUGAAUUCAAUCUCAGUUUCCAAAACCCUAACUCAAUCCUUUUGCUGUAUCGGCAAAUGGCUUGGCGGCCACAGGAGGAAGGUCUCGGAGAGAUAUGCGGUUUGCUGGAACAACACAUUUCUCCUACUUCGGAUAAGUCUGUGAUUUGGAAACAGCUUCAACAUUAUAAACAAUUCUCUGAUUUCAAUAACUAUCUCGCCUUCAUCUUUGCCCAUGCGGAGGGCAAAUCAGUUGAAAUUCGUCAGGCAGCUGGUCUACUGCUGAAAAAUAAUCUCAGAAGUUCUUUCAGAACUUUAGAUCCUGCACAUCAACAGUAUAUAAAAUCAGAAUUGUUGCCUUGUUUAGGAGCGGCAGAUAAGCACAUAAGAUCUACAGUUGGGACAAUUAUUACUGUUAUUGUCCAACAAGGAAGAAUUUUUGGUUGGCCGGAAUUGUUGCAAGCCCUUGUGCAUUGCUUGGAUAGUAAUGACCUCAACCUUAUGGAAGGUGCUCUGGCUGCUUUAUUAAAGAUUUGUGAAGACAUUCCACAAGAGCUUGAUUCAGAAAUACCUGGAUUAACUGAACGCCCCAUCGAUGCUUUCUUGCCCAGAUUGUUCCAGCUAUUCAAGUCACCUCAUGUCUCUAUACGGAAGCUUUCACUGGGAUCAAUAAAUCAGUUCAUUAUUCUGAUGCCCACUGCUUUAUUCAUGUCCAUGGAUCAAUGCCUCCAAGGUUUGUUUGUUCUUGCUCAUGACCCUAUUGCAGAGAUUCGAAAAUUGGUUUGUGCUGCUUUUGUCCAGCUGGUUGAAGUUCAGCCUGCUGUCCUGGAGCCACAUAUGAGGAAUAUAAUUGAAUACAUGUUGCAAGCCAACCGGGACGCUGAUGAUGAAGUUGCUCUUGAGUCUUGUGAAUUUUGGUCAACCUACUGUGAAGCGCAGUUAGAUCCUGAACUUUUAAGAGAAUUCUUACCACAUCUGAUUCCAGUUCUGUUGUCAAAUAUGGCUUAUGCUGAGGAUGAUGAGUCACUUGCUGAUGCAGAGGAGGACGAGUCUAUCCCGGAUAGAGAUCAGGAUCUGAAGCCUCGCUUCCAUUCAUCACGAUCACAUGGACUAGAUGAUAUGAAGGACGAUGAUGAUGAAGCUGUCAAUAUUUGGAACUUGAGAAAAUGCAGUGCAGCAGGUCUUGAUAUCCUUUCAGAUGUGUUUGGGGAUGAGAUUCUUCCAACAUUGAUGCCUUUAGUUCAGGCUAAGCUAUCCACCUCAGAUGCUAGGUCCUGGAAGGAAAGGGAAGCUGCAGUUUUAGCCCUUGGUGCCAUAGCUGAGGGUUGCGUUAGAGGUCUUUUCCCUCAUUUGGCAGAGAUUGUGGCUUUUCUCAUCCCCCUUUUAGACGAUAAAUUUCCUUUGAUACGAAGUAUUACUUGCUGGACCCUUUCUCGGUUUAGCAAAUUCAUUGUUCAGGGUGUUGGUCAUCAAAAAGGCUAUGAUCAGUUCAACCGGGUCCUCGUGGGUCUUCUACAAAGAGUCUUAGACACUAACAAGAGGGUACAAGAAGCUGCAUGUUCAGCUUUUGCUACUCUUGAAGAGGAGGCUGCAGAAGAGUUGACACCACAUGUAGCAAUCAUUUUACAACACCUUUUAUGUGCUUUUGGGAGAUAUCAGAAAAGGAACCUCCGAAUUUUAUAUGAUGCUAUAGGCACUUUAGCAGAUGCUGUUGGAGGAGAACUGAAUCAGUCCAGAUACCUUGAUAUUCUGAUGCCUCCAUUAAUUGCAAAGUGGCAGCUAGUUUCCAAUUCAGACAAAGACCUCUUUCCACUGCUAGAGUGCUUUACAUCUAUAGCACAGGCAUUAGGUACUGGGUUUUCGCAAUUUGCUGAACCAGUAUUCCAGAGGUGCAUAAGCAUCAUCCAAUCUCAACUGCUAGCAAAGGCCUCGGUUGAUCCUCUGUCAGCUGCUGUUCAAUAUGAUAAAGAAUUCAUUGUUUGCUCUUUGGACUUGCUCUCAGGGCUUGCAGAAGGUCUUGGUAGUGGAAUUGAGAGCUUGGCUGCACAAAGCAAUUUAAGGGACCUACUUCUGCAAUGCUGUAUGGAUGAUGCUUCUGAUGUUUGUCAAAGUGCUCUUGCCCUUCUUGGGGACCUUGCAAGAGCCUGUCCAGUUUAUUUGCAUCCGCGUCUCUCUGAAUUCCUCAAUGUUGCAGCCAGACGAUUGAAUCCUCCUGAGGUAAAGGAAACUUUUUCAGUGGCAAACAAUGCAUGUUGGGCGAUUGGAGAACUAGCAGUGAAGGCUCACAAAGAAGUUUCCCCAAUUGUGAUGACAGUUGUCUCGUGCCUAGCUCCAAUCCUUCAACAGGCAGAGGGUUUUAAUAAGUCACUUGUGGAAAAUAGUGCCAUCACCCUUGGGAGGCUUGCUUGGGUCUGCCCAGAGAUUGUAGCACUGCAUAUGGAGCAUUUUAUGCAGUCAUGGUGUACUGCUUUAUCCACGAUACGUGAUGAUAUUGAGAAGGAAGAUGCCUUCCGUGGUCUAUGUGCAACUGUUAGAGCAAAUCCAUCUGGGGCUUUGAGUUCACUUGUGCACAUGUGCAAAGCUAUUGCAAGUUGGCAUCAUAUAAGGAGUGAGGAUCUGCACAAUGACAUCUGCCAAGUUUUGAAAGGAUUUAAGCAGGUACCUCUCCCUCCCUCUUCCCCCUCUCGCAUCACAAGAACACAUGCAUGCACUUCCUUGGACAGAUGCACUGCACAUGCAGAUUCAAAAUUCUUCCUUGAAGAAGCCUUACUGACUUUUUGGGGUCACAGCAUUUUUAACAGUUAUUAUGAUUUCGUUUCAAAAGAUUUAUGCUUACAAUUUCAUAAUUAUGGAAACCUUCCCAGUUUCUUUUAUAGAAUAAAGAAAUUUCUAGUGUCUCACUCUCAAAACUUCCAACCAUUAACAUUAAGAAGAUGAAAUGCUGAUAUCUAAAAUUCAAACUGUCUAGCUGAUUAUAGUUUUCCGAUAGUGGAGAGCAAAGGAUAACAUGUAUCUUUUUUGAUCCGAUAUAUUAACAGAUGCUUAACAAUGGAGCAUGGGAACAGUGCAUGUCUGCAUUGGAGCCCCCAGAGAAGGAGAAACUGUUGAACUACCUAAUAUAACAUUGUUCAAUCAGGAGUUAUUUACACAGAGAUGCCCUUCUGCCAUCCACUAUGUGCUCCACGCUUCUUGGACCUUCUGCAGAUCCAAAGCUAAGUUUUGGUUAAAAAGUUCCUCAAGCUGAAACUAAAUUAUUCUCACAAGUUUCUUAUAAUGAAACCUGCCAGUUUGCACCUAUUUCAAAAUCGUCAACAGAGCGUUUGUGUAGAAAGACCAUCUGUUCAAGGAACAGCAGCAACAAAGUUCAAAUUGGGGAUGGGGGGAUAGGAGCCAGGUAGAUGCCAUUUUUCAAGCACUACACUGGCAGAUCUAUACCAUGUUUAUUUAUGGUUUAUAUCCUAAAUAGUUUAUACCAUAGCAGUGGGUAGGUUUUAGACCGUACCCCACUGAUUCUACUUUCAUGGGGUUUUGGUAUAGAGCAUGGAAAGCUUCCCUUUUCUUAAUUUUGUAUUUAAUUGGGGGUGGAGGUUUUUCUUUUUUUUUUUCUUUUUUUUCUUUUUUAGUAUUCAACUGAUAUCAAAGGUGGCUUCCUGUUGUUGCUGUUAAUGGAGCCAUUGUCAAUAUCAUUUGGCCGUUGGGAAUUGUACAUUAGAUUUUAAUAAUGGGUGGUUAUUUCCAUUGUGUUA